AUGUCUUCCAGCGAUUUUUCGGCUGUGCUGGACAUCCUGCGCGUGCUGUAUCAGCACGUCCAGACUCUGGAGGAGUUUGCGGACGGUAUCGUGUUCAGAGAGGGACGCAGGGCGGCUCUGGUGGAGCCGUCGGACACGAGCCGCUUCAAGACGUUCGUCAGGAGCGUGUUCGUCUGCUUUGACAAGGAGCUGCAGCAAACCCCGAGCUGCAACCAGAUCAGCACCCUGCCUGAACUCCUGGCCUUUGUUGUGAACAAUCUGAAAAGGAAGAAAAAGAGGAACGUCUUGGCCCAUGGCUACCACUUUCUGUCACUGGCUCAGGAGGAUCGGGAUGCAGACACCUUUAAAUUCCAAGGAGAUGUAACUCAAAGCGCUGCUUAUAUCCAUGGCAGCGACCUCUGGAAGAGAAUCACCAUUCGCCUUGGCACAGACAUCACGCGCUACCUUUUGGAAAGCUGCUCCGUGUUUGUGGCAGUUCCUCCUUCGUGCGCUUUCCAAGUGUGUGGUGGUCCAGUCCAUGACCGAGUGUCCAUAACCACCACACCCAGUGGGUUUUGUCUACAGUCCAAGUACAGGCGACACAUCACAAUGCAUCGAGGGUUAACGACCUCCAAAAAAGGAAACACUGUUGAGAAUCGUGUUGAAAGCAGGAAGAAGAGGAGAGCAGCUGCCAGAAUUGAGAAAAAGAAAAGGAAGAGAGAAGCUGAUCAAAGUGACGAGGCAACUUCGAGAAAGAGAAGACGUGUUUCAUAUGGAAAACACGGAGUGGAAAUCCAACAAGAGGAAACACAGACCAAGUCUGCGUGCUCAACGCCAUCGAUUAAACCUGUGGAAACCAGUGCUGUGAGUUUCAAGCCUUCCGUUGAAGCAGCAGCAGCAGCAGCAGCCCAGCAUGUCGUAGAAGGAGGUCCCAGUUGGAGAUCAGGAAUCUUCCCCCCUUUGCCACCGUCCCAUUGUUUUAUUCGCACGCUGGGACUCCUGUAUGGAGGCAGGGGCCUCCGCGGCUUCCUUCUAAACAGAAAAAAGAAGACUGCUGAUGGUACCGCGAGGCUGCAAGGGAAAGACUUGAUCAGAAUAGUGUUCUUUGAGGGACUGGCUUAUUUAAAUGGACUGCAGAGGAAGCCGAAGAAGCCCCCCCGGCGCUUUUUCAACAUGAUCCCCCUGUUCAAUCAGCUCUUAAAAUGGCACAAAAUGUGUCCAUACAGCAAAAUCCUGCAGAGAUUCUGCCCUGUGGUCAAAGAUCACAGUGCAAGCCAAGCAGAAAUGAACUCCCUCCUGCCUCUGCACUGUGCUCCUCACCGUGUCUACCUGUUUGUCAGAGAAUGUCUGUCCGCUGUGAUCCCACAGGAGCUGUGGGGCUCCGAUCACAACCGAAUUAAUUUCUUCGUCAAGGUCAAAGGCUUUCUGCACAGUGGCAAGUUUGAGAGGCUAUCACUGGCAGAGCUGAUGUGGAAAAUGAAGGUGAAUGAUUGCGAUUGGACAAAGCUCAGCAAGACGGGUCGAGUCCCACCCAGUGAGCUCGCUUAUCGGACACAGAUCCUGGGUCAGUUCUUCGCCUGGCUUCUUGAUGGAUAUGUCGUGGGGCUUGUGAGAGCGUGUUUUUAUGUCACAGAGAGUCUGGGGAAGAAAAAUGCCCUCAGGUUUUACAGACAAGAAGUGUGGACCAAACUGCAAGACUUAGCAUUCAGAGGCCAUCUUUUGAAAGGCCAGAUGGAGGAGUUGACUCCAGCUCAGGUGGCAUCCCUUCCCAAGGACACAGUCGUCUCCCGUCUCCGCUUCAUUCCCAAAGCUGAUGGCAUGAGGCCAAUCACCCGAGUCGUGGGAGCAGAUCCCAAAACACGGCUCUACAGAGGGCAAGUCAGAGACUUGCUGGAUAUGUUGCGAGCCUGCGUGCGUUCUACUCCAUCCCUACAAGGCUUCACUGUCUGGGGGUUGGCGGAUAUCCACAAGGUUUUGUGCAGAGUCGCGCCAGCUCAAAAAGAGAAACCGCAAUCCCUGUACUUUGUGAAAGUGGAUGUGAGCGGAGCCUAUGAGAGCCUCCCGCAUGACAAACUCAUGGAGGUCAUCACCCAGGCCCUGGCGCCCGUCCAGGACAAAUUCUUCACCAUCCGGCGCUACUCCAAAAUCUGGAAGGAUUCCCACGAAGGCCUGAAAAAGGCCUUUGUGAGACAGGCUAAUUAUCAGGAAGAUAACAUGAGCUCCACCAACAUGAAGGGAUUCCUGAUGGCGCUGCAGGGUUCUGGCAAAGUUCAUCACUCCAUCCUGGUUGAGCAGAAUUUCAGCUCCGAUCUCCUGGGCAGAGAAGCACUGAAGUUCUUUUCUCGGAUGUUAACCGGCGGUGUGGUUAAGCAUGGGAAAAAGACAUACCGCCAGUGCCGAGGGAUCCCUCAGGGCUCGGUGGUCUCCACCCUGCUCUGCUGUCUCUGCUACGGCCAUAUGGAAAACGCCCUCUUCAAAGAUUCUGCUGAAAGCCGAGGGUGUUUGAUGAGACUGGUGGACGACUUUCUUCUGAUCACACCAGACCAACACAAGGCGGAAGCCUUUCUGAAGAUCUUCCUGGCUGGCGUCCCGCAGUACGGCGUGGUGGUAAACCCACAAAAGGUGGCCGUCAACUUUGAAGUGUCGGCGAGCGUGGGCUCCUGUCCCGGCAUCCGCGUGAUGCCUUCCCACUGCCUCUUCCCCUGGUGUGGGCUACUGCUGGACACCCGCUCCCUGGAUGUCUACAAAGACUAUUCUAGCUACGCAGGCCUGUCUCUCCGCUACAGCCUCACUUUAGGCUCCUUCCACUCCGCCGGACAGCAAAUGAGGAGGAAGCUGAUCGCGGUGCUGAGGCUCAAUUGCCGCUGCUUGUUUUUGGACUUGAAGGUCAAUUCUCUUGAGACGGUCUACAAGAACAUCUACAAGCUGGUGCUGCUGCAUGCAUGCAGGUUUCAUGUUUGUGCCCAGAGUUUGCCCUUUGGUCAGAUGGUUGCUAAGAACCCUGCUUACUUCCUGCAGAUGAUCUGGGACAUGGCGCAGUUCACCAACAAGACCAUCAGGCUGAGCAACAAAGGAGUGAUCUUAGGUAGCAGUGCGCAGACGGGCAUCGUGCAAUAUGAAGCGGUCGAGCUGCUGUUUUGUCUGUCUUUCGUGCUCGUGCUGUCACAACAUCGCUCCCAAUAUAAAGAUCUGCUCCAGCGCCUGCACAAACGAAAGCGCAGCCUGGAGCGCCGCCUUGGGGAUCUGCGGCUGGCCAGGGUCCGGCAGGCCGCAACCCCCAGGAUCCCCACUGACUUCCUAGCCAUCCGAAUGUAGACCACCUGGUGGCCCCAAACCCAGCUCUCGUCAGAAAGAAUCAGGAGCUGAGAACAUUACCAGAAGUAUUUAUCACUGAAAAAAACAUGGAACAGAACACAGUUUUUAUUGCCAUGUGUGCUUCUUGAGUUCAAGUGACAAUCCCUCAUCUAUUUUUCAGAUGCGCUUCAUGUAACACAUCCAACUUGCAUAAAAAAAACCAAGUCAUUUAACCACUGUAGAGAUAAAUGUCUGUCAUAAACACGCCCUGCCAAAUGACCACAACUGAACCAAUAAAGGUGAUUGAAAAUCACUCUGCUGCUGCACCCAGGCCAGGCCCAUCCUAACUGGACUUGGACUAUGAGU